AUGAGGUUCCUUUGGAUCUCCGGGGUGUCAGUCCUCGUCUCGUGCGCCCAUGCUCAGACCUUUCAGCGGUUGGGUGGUUGCCCGACCCUAGGCUGUGUUUUCCCUCCGGACCAAGCGGACUUCCUUCCAGGUCAAUAUUUCGAUAUCCGACUGGAAGUCCAUUCCCCCGUCAACGGGUCGGAGGCUCGCGUCGGUGAACCCGACCCAAAUUUCAAAUUUACCAUCACCAAGAAGGGUGAGAAGGGUGUGAAGCCAGUACCUGCCACCGAGUACUUUGGCCUUCAGGAGCCCCAGCUCGAGAGAUGGAACUUCACUUGGUAUGAAGAUCUGUUUGCGGAGGACGCAAAGAAACCCUCUCUCGUCAAUGUCACUUCCAAGGCAUACAGAAGGGUGGCGCUGCAUGAGCCGGGAGAGUACGAGGCGACUUUGACCUACUACGGAAACCAGACAACCAAGGCCAACUGGCUGGUGCGUGAUCUCUCCAAGAAGCGUCGUGCGAAGAAUGUCAUUCUGUUCGUCGGCGACGGAAUGACCACCAACAUGAUCACCGCCGCUCGUCUCAUUGCUCACCAGAGCAUUAACGGCAAGUAUAUGUCCAAGAUGCAGCUGGACAAGUUCCCCGUGCUGGGCCAUCAGAUGACGCAUUCGAUGGACUCGUUCAUCACGGACUCGGCCAACUCUGCGACGGCUCUCUACUCGGGCCACAAGACGACCGUCAAUGCGCUGAACGUUUAUGUUGACUCGUCGAAGGAUCCCUUCGACGACCCCAAGUUUGAGACGAUUGUGGAGAUCUUCCGCCGCCGGUACCCGGGCGUUGGUGUUGGUAUCGUCUCCACUGCCUUCCUGGCGGAUGCGACACCGGCCGGUCUGGCCGCGCACACCAGCAAGCGUGGCGAGUAUGAGCAUGUCAUCGAUGCCUACUACGAGGGCCUGACCAAGUACGAGUGGACCAACCUGGAUGGCCCCGAUGUGAUCUUCGGGGCGGGUGCGGAGAACUUCCUGAAGAGCAAGGAUGCGUCGCGGGACUACUAUAAGCUGUUCGCGGACAAGGGCUACAGCAUCAGCUGGAACAACACGGCGCUGCAUGCGGCCCCCAACAACACCAAGGCGCUGGGUGUCUUCCAGACCUCCAACCUGGCCACAUGGCUGGACCGCAACGUCUACCAGUCCAACCUUCUGAACCAGACCAACUACCCGGAUGGCUCCGGCCGCGACGCCGAGGACCUGCCUGGCCUCAAGGAUAUGACUCUCAAGGCGAUCGACGUGCUGAAUGCCCGGCACGGCAAGCAGGGCUGGUUCCUCAUGUCGGAGGCGGCCAGCAUCGACAAACAGAUGCACAACAUGGACUACGACCGGGCGCUGGGUGAGCUGCUGGAGCUGGACGACACGGUGCGCGCGACGAUGGAGAAGCUCAAGGCGCUGGGCCAGCUGGAAGACACGCUGAUCCUCGUGACGGCCGACCACGGCCACGGGUUCGACGUCACGGGCGCCGUCGACACGGAGUACCUCACCACACACGCCCACGACUCGGACCGCCAGAAGCGGCGGGCGGUCGGCACGUACGAGAGGUCGGGUCUCUCACAGUACACGGUGGCGGGAUCCAACAGCCUGCGCUACUCGGAGGGCGUCCACUUCCCCGCGCGGUGGGAUCCCCGGUACACCCUGCACUCGGGCCUGGCGGCGUAUCCCGAUCACCGGGAGAACUACCAGGUCCACAAGGGAGGGCCACGCAAGCCGGCUUCCGGCAGCGGUGGCGACUACUUCGCCAACUACAAGGAUGCGGUGACGGGAUUCCUGGUGAACGGCACGUUGCCCGUGGACGCGAGCCAGGGCGUGCACUCGCUGACCGAUGUGCCGGUGUUCGCGCAGGGUCCGUGCCAGGAGCUGUUCGGCGGCGUGUAUAAUUCGAUUGAUAUUUUCUUCCAUAUGGCCGAGUGCCUGGGGUUGUCCGAGACCAAGAAGCCUUAA